AUUCACUAACUCUAAAGAAUUGUGACAUUUACCCAAUCCAUAUUCCAGUCUUCUUGUUCGAUACUGAUUUGACAACCCAAAAAAAUUUCUUAUAAAACAAAUUCACAUUGCCCAUUCUUUUCAAGAAAGGCUAAUCCCAUGAAAAAUAUAAGAAAAAAGUUUGCUUUUUUAUAGCCAUUUUCUGAAUACCAAUAUCAAAAGCAGAUUUUCUUGUAUUUUUGAUAGACCCCUUGAACUCCAGAAAGUUUCAGUUUUUCCUAAAGAGUUAUGGAGAUUGAUAAAGCAGUUAGAGAAUGUGAUGACAGUAGGUUGAAGACAAAGUAUACUAAUGCCAUAUAUGUUAUCAAACGAGCACUCGCUCUGUAUUCCAUACAAGAGGUUGCGUUGAGCUUCAACGGAGGGAAAGAUUCUACUGUUUUGCUUCACCUACUGAGAGCAGGCUAUGUUCUGCAUAAAGCGGAAGAAAGUAGUUCACAAGAUGUUGCUGAUGGUGAAAACUCAUUUCCAAUACGGACAAUAUAUUUUGAGACCCCGACUGUUUUCCCUGAGAUCAACUCAUUCACUUAUGAAACCGCAGCCACUUACAAUUUGCAAAUGGAUAUUCUUCGCCUCGACUUCAAAUCAGGGCUCGAGGCUCUGCUAAAGGCCAAUCCAAUUAGAGCUAUUUUUCUUGGUGUGCGAAUUGGUGAUCCUACUGCGGUAGGUCAGGAGCAAUUCUCACCUAGUUCACCUGGGUGGCCACCUUUCAUGAGGGUGAAUCCAAUUUUGGAUUGGUCAUACAGAGAUGUAUGGGCCUUCCUUUUGGUUUGCAAGGUUCGUUACUGCAGCCUUUAUGAUCAGGGGUAUACUUCAAUUGGGAGCAUCCAUGACACUGUUCCGAAUGCACUAUUGUGCAUCAGGAAUGACAACAACAGCGAAAAAAAGUUUAGGCCAGCUUAUUUACUUGCUGAUGGAAGGCUGGAAAGAUCUGGAAGGGUAAAGAAGUUCUCUGCUCCAGUGUGUGGGAAAUUAUCUUCUGUAUGCAAUGGACUGAAAAUCGAGGAUUUGAAUUCCAAUAAUAUGCUUACUGCCUCAAUCAUAGCUGUGGGAGAUGAAAUUUUGUCUGGCACAGUAGAGGACAAGUUGGGUUCUGUGUUAUGUAGAAAGCUCCAUUCUAUUGGUUGGGCAACAUCACUGCUUGCUGUCACUCGAAAUGAUAUAGAUUCUGUGGCCGAGGAAGUUGAGAGGCGGAAGUCCACAAAUGACAUGGUAUUUAUAUAUGGUGGGGUAGGUCCAUUGCAUUCGGAUGUUACCGUAGCUGGAGUUGCUAAAGCUUUUGGUGUUCGCAUGGCUCCUGAUGAAGAAUUUGAAGAACAUUUAAGGCACCUGAUUGCUGAAAAGUGCACCGGCGACAAAAAUGAGAUGGCACAGCUGCCUGAAGGUAUUACAGAAUUGCUUCAUCAUGAACAGCUGCCUGUGCCUUUGAUUAAGUGCCAUAAUGUGAUCAUUCUCACUGCAACCAAUGUUGCUGAACUGGACCUACAGUGGCAUUGUCUGAUUGAUUCAUUGAAAUCUAAUGGUGACUUGGUAUUGAUGGCACCAUUUGUUUCAAAAUGCUUGGCAACAACUCUUUCUGAUGUUGAAGUUGCUCAACCUCUCUCAAAACUUUGCCUUCAAUUUCCUGAUAUAUACAUCGGAGGUUAUCGAGGAUCAAGAAAAGGCCCUCUUAUGAUCAGAUUUGAAGGGAAGGACCUUUCAAGAAUAGAGGCAGCUUCACAAUCACUGUGCCAGAAUUUUCAGCCUGGUGCAUUCUCUGAAACUGAAUAACCUCAAGACUUUUCCACUCUGCUGAAGGCGUCGAUAUACGAAACAGCCUAAGGGAAAGGGUUAGAAAUUUCAUGUUCACAAUUGAGGAGAAUGACAAAUAAGCUGGAGCAACAUAAUUUUUAGUACAAGCUGUACAAUGUGACAUAUGGGGUGUGUGUUAAUCACCACUUCAAGACACAAGGAUAUAUUUUACUGGCAAGUAGCUUAGGAAAUGCAAUCUCACUGCAACUUUAUAUCACACCUAAUAGUUCAGUUGCCAAAGAAUCAAUCUAGCAGUCUAUAUAGUCAGACCUCUUUAUAACGACUUUCUCUUGUAAAAAUAUUUCACUAUAAUUGAAUCUCUUGUUAUAUUAUAUUAUAUGUUCUUCA